AUGGCGAGGCCAACAAAAGCCAACAUUGGGGUGUACACUAAUCCAGAGCAUGAACUCUGGGUCGCAGAAGCCGAACCGUCUCUGGAGAGUGUUGAGAAGGGUGAUAGUUUGAAGCCGGGUGAAGUAACAGUUGGCAUCAAGAGCACUGGUAUCUGCGGAUCAGAUGUGCACUUCUGGCAUGCUGGUUGCAUUGGGCCCAUGAUUGUUACAGACACACAUAUUUUGGGGCACGAAUCCGCAGGCGUCAUAUUGGCAGCUCACCCCUCUGUCGAAAACCUCAAAGUAGGAGACCGCGUCGCUAUCGAACCAAACAUCAUCUGCAACGAAUGCGAGCCAUGUCUUACUGGCAGAUACAAUGGAUGCGAGAAAGUCCAAUUCCUGUCAACCCCACCAGUUCCAGGUCUCCUCCGCAGAUAUGUCAACCACCCAGCUAUUUGGUGUCAUAAGAUUGGGGAUAUGUCUUUCGAAGAUGGAGCGUGUUUGGAACCGCUGAGUGUUUCUCUCGCCUGCAUGCAGAGAUCUGGGGUCAGGCUGGGAGAUCCAGUCCUCAUCUGCGGCGCUGGUCCCAUUGGUCUCAUCACAUUGCUUUGUUGUCAAGCUGCUGGCGCUUGCCCCAUUGUUAUUACCGAUAUCGACGAGGGACGUUUGGAAUUCGCCAAGAAGAUCGUGCCAUCAGUCACAACAUUCAAGGUCGAGAGAGUGUCGGCGGAAGACUCUGCGAAGGCCAUUGUAGCUGCGUUUGGCGGCAUUGAGCCGGCAGUGGCAAUCGAGUGCACUGGUGUCGAGAGCAGUGUAUCGGCUGCCAUCUGGGCUGUCAAAUUCGGAGGCAAGGUAUUCGUGAUCGGUGUAGGGAAGAACGAGAUGACCAUCCCGUUCAUGAGGCUGAGCGUUCGAGAAGUUGACCUACAGUUUCAGUACAGAUACUGCAACACAUGGCCCAGAGCCAUCCGCCUGGUACAGAGUGGCCUGAUUGAUAUGAAGAAGCUGGUCACUCACCGUUACCAAUUGGAGGAUGCUAUUAGUGCUUUUGCUACUGCUGCAGACCCAAAGACGGGCGCCAUUAAGGUGCAAAUAAAGAGUGAAGACUGA